UUCUUUCGGCAUCCUCAGGGUAGUGUUUAUUGCAUGAUGUUAUUGCGUACUAUUGGUUAUAAAUUGUGUUCUAUUCGGAGUCUAGUUAGCCUUUCUUAUAGGAUUUAUUGUGUUCAGUAUAUCUUUCUUUUAUUUUCCUUCCUGUUUGUCCGUUGUAUAUUUUACUUUAUGUACUUUCGCACACUAACUAGCUUUUGCUUGGGAUUUAUAUUAUCUCUUUGCUAACCAUAUACUAAAACCACGAUUUUUAUUUAAGACAGCAGCAAGCAGUAUUAUUAAAUUAAUCGGAAAUAGUUAUUAUAAUUUAAAUAGCAAUUGGAGAUUAUUAAAUCUUCAUUGUGGAUAGUCUUCACUGCAAUCAUUAGAGCAUUCAGGGUUGCAUAACUAUAACUCCAUACAACUCUGCAGUACAUAACCUAUCAAAAUAGUGUUAUUGCUAUAAUGUUUUUAAAGCUUUUAAGUUAUAUUUUCUUAUUGUUUUUAAUAAAUAAGUUUAUUGUGCUUGUGAAAUGUAUUGAAUGCUCCUUAGAAGAUAACAAAAAAUGUACAAAUGGAUUUGAAAACAAAUAUAUUGAGGAAGCAAAUACAAAGUAUUCCAUAAUAUUUAAACAGAUUGAAGAGGCAAGGAAAACGUUUACAACAUGUAACAACACAAAAUGUAGCUGUUAUGCAUCUGUAAUAGAAAAUGAUUUAAAGAUAUUUGGAGAUGGUAUUGAUAAAGCCAUGAUGGAGAAAGUUGCCUCUAAAGGUACAAAAUACCAAAUCAUUGAUCAUCAUCUAUAUCGAGAUAAAAAUUGCAUGUUUCCAUCAAGAUGUUCUGGAAUUGAGCAUUUUAUCAUUAAAUUACUUCCUAAACUUCCCAAUAUGGAGUUGAUUAUUAAUACUAGAGAUUGGCCACAAAUACAUAAAGAAUAUGGUAUAUUUGGUCCAGUGUUUUCUUUUAGUAAAACGGGUGAUUAUCAUGAUAUUAUGUAUCCCACUUGGUCUUUUUGGGAAGGCGGACCAGCAAUUAGUUUAUAUCCCAGGGGAAUUGGAAGGUGGGAUCAGCAUAGGGAAGAAAUAGGAAAAGUGGCUAAUGAGACUGCUUGGGAAAAUAAGAUACUGAAAGCAUUUUUCAGAGGUUCUAGGACAAGUCAAGAGCGUGAUGCUUUAAUUAUAUUGUCUAGAGAAAAUCCAGAACUUGUCGAUGCAAAAUAUACUAAAAAUCAAGCGUGGAAAUCUGAUGCUGACACCUUGUAUGCCUCUCCUGCUGAAGAAGUAACAUUUACUGAGCAUUGCAAAUAUAAGUAUCUGUUCAAUUUCAGAGGGGUGGCAGCCAGUUUUAGGUUUAAACACAUUCUAUUGUGCAAGUCGGUUGUUUUUCAUGUCGGUCAUGAAUGGCUUGAAUUUUUUUAUUCUGCUUUGAAACCGUGGAUUCAUUAUGUACCAGUAGACUCUAAUUCUCGAAAAGAAGACUUAAAGUUUCUGAUAGAAUUUAUGAAAAAACAUGACGAUGUUGCAAAAGAGAUUGCCCAAGACGGUUUUAAAAUAAUUUGGAAUAACUUAAAAAUGACUGAUAUUGUAUGUUAUUGGAGGAAACUGCUUUUGAAAUAUGCGAAACUUUUAAAAUACAAAGUAAAAAAAGAUCCAAAUCUCAUUAGAAUCUCAUAAUUUUUUGAAACUUUUACCCAAUGGAGAUAACAGUGACAAUAAUAUAUAAUGUAACUAUUUUGUAAAUGUUUCUCUUUCCUUUUCUUAUUUUCGACAAAGGAACUGUUAAUAAACAUUCCAUAUUGAAAAUGCCUGUUAAAACUAAUAUUUAUUUAUAUAUUAAGAUUUUUAUGAAAUGUUAAAGUUUUGGAAGCUUAUUAAAAUACCUAGCUAAUUUUUGUUCUUUUACCUUUUUGAUAUUAUUAUGUAAUAUGUGUAGGACAAUAAUAAUUAAUCGUAUGUAAUAAAAAUACUCAAUGGCUGUUCAGUAAUAAAUCAGUAUGACAAUAAUAAAUAAUAAUUAAUGUUGUGAUGUUAGGUGUAUGAUGUACGUUUUAUUUGGGUGGAUAUUUACAAAAUAAAGAG